CCCGUCUCCCUGCGGACGCACCGCUCCCCAGAGGCGGUUCCCCCCAGGAAGGGCUCCCGGCGUCUCCACUACAAGAAGAGGGCGAGCGGGAAACCAGAGCGGAUUCGGAGGGAGGCGGAGCAGAGGGGACGCGGCGUCCUCCUGAAGGGACUUUCUCUGCCUUUUUGGGCUUGAUCCCUCCUAGGGCAGCGCUCGGACUCCUGGGUUCCCCGCCGCGGAGUUGCUGCUCCGGACGGAGGACGCGGGGUAGCAGCCUGCAGAUUAGCUCAGGAGCUAAACCCCCCCCCCGCCGACCCCAAACUUCCUGAGCUACUUAGAGCCGCCCCUCGGGAAGGGAGCUCUCCAGGCUCGGGGAGUUCGGGUUGCUGAAGGCAGCGCUGGGAGAACCCCCCCCCCCCCCGACCCUAGGGGCGAGCGGGGAGGCUCCCUGGGGUUCCCUGGCAGGAGACCUGCCGGUUCCAUUGGGUGUCAGGGCUAAGGAGAGAACCCAGGAGUCCUGCUAGCGAGCGGCCCCCUCCCACUCCAGGGAAAGGCAGGAGCCCUGAGCUCUGCGCCCCGGGACCAUGCGGGGAGCAUCUGCCAGCGCCCCGCUCAACGCCUCGCUCCUGCUCCCCAACCGCUCCUGCCCCGGGGGGCUGCUCUGCGCCAACAGCUCGGAGCCGCGGAGCCCCCCGCGCCUGGUGGACGCCUGGCUGGUGCCCCUCUUCUUCGCCGUGCUGAUGGCGCUGGGGCUGGCGGGCAACUCCCUGGUCAUCUACGUGAUCACCAAGCACAAGCAGAUGAGGACGGUCACCAACUUCUACAUCGCCAACCUUGCCACCACAGAUAUUAUCUUCCUGGUGUGCUGUGUGCCGUUCACUGCCAUGCUGUAUCCCCUUCCUGGCUGGAUCUUCGGGGAGUUCAUGUGCAAGUUUGUCAAUUACAUCCAACAGGUCUCCGUGCAGGCCACCUGCGUCACCCUGACGGCCAUGAGCGUGGAUCGCUGGUACGUGACCGUGUUCCCACUGCGCUCUCUACGCCAGCGCACCCCGCGCGUCGCUGUCGCCAUCAGCCUGGGCAUCUGGAUCUGUUCCUUUAUUGUCUCCACCCCGGUGCUGAUGUACAACAGGUUGACGGAGGGCUACUGGUUCGGGCCGCAGACCUAUUGCAGUGAGUCCUUCCCCUCCGCCUCCCACGAGAAGGCCUUCAUCCUUUACAACUUCCUGGUCGUCUACCUGCUGCCCUUACUGACCAUCUGUGUCUGCUACAUGGCCAUGCUCUACCAGAUGGGACAUCCCACCGUGGAGCCCAUCGAUAACAACUACCAGGUGCAGCAGCUGGCUGAGCGCUCCGAGGUGAUGCAGGCCAAGAUCUCCCGCAUGGUGGCCAGCAUCGUGGUACUCUUCACCAUCUGCUGGGGGCCCGUGCAAUUCCUCAUCCUCGUCCAGGCCUUCAGCCCCAGCUUCCAGCGCAACUACUACAUCUACAAGGUGAAGAUCUGGGCCCACUGCAUGUCCUACACCAACUCCUCCGUCAACCCGAUCGUUUACGCCUUCAUGGGCCUCAACUUCAGGAAAGCCUUCAAGAAGGUCUUCCCCUUCAUCUUCAAGCAAAAGGUGGGCUGCACCAAUGCGGGCAACACCAACAUCAACACCGAGAUGCACUUCGUGUCCUCGGGCACAUAGGGGGGUGGACAUGCCCCUCCCUGCCCAGAACAUGAGACCAGAUGACUCUCUUUGCUGAUAAGCACUUGCAGCUCAUAGAGCCUUUCAUCCCAAACUGCUUUACAAACCAUCUCACUCACCAUUGUAAUGCAGCCACCUCUGGAGUGGAAGGCAGCAGCUGUUUGUAUAGCCCAGAGCAACACUGCCUGGCAGUUUAGGACAGAAAGUGAAGGAGGACACUCCGAAGGAGAGGCAGGCAGGCAGUAUGUAAUUACCCUGAAGAGACCAGGGCUAAAUGGCUAAACCAUUCCCACUAAAAAUGGCCUGGGACUUUUAACCCGCACAGAAACAGAACCUCUGCCUUUCCUUUGAAAGAUGUGCUUCUGAGGGCAUUCAGCGCCAAAAAAUUAACAAUUCUGCGCACAAUAUUUUAAAAUUCUGCAAGUUUUAUUUGUCAUUAAAUACAGGGGCUCCAGCAUGGCAGUGGGGAGCACAGACCACGGGCUGCACGAAGGUGGAAGAUCACCCUGCAGCCCCCCCAUCCUCGCCCCCGGGACCUGGACUCAGUGGUGAGGCUGCACCUGACCCUGACACAGCACAAGGCCUGGGCUUGCCCCAGAAACACCUUCUGCACCAAGCACACCAGGUGUGGGACA